AUGAGCCGUGUAUUUGAUGGUGAAGCUCCGGAGACGGAUGAUGAGGAGGAAGAGCUCGAGAAUCACCAAAGAGUUCCAUCGCCGCCGACUUCUGCACCUGCUCAAACCGAAGCGCAUCCAAUUCGAAACUCGCGCGUUGCUCAGAAUUGGACGAAAUUGGGUGUGCAGACGAUUCGGAACGAGCGAAAACGAGCGCAUCGCCAGCAGAAGUUAAUUGGGCGACUUAACGAGCAGGCAGCUGGUGUUUUUUCGGCGAUCCAGACAGUUGCCGCGAAAUUGAACACCGCCAACACGAACAUCGCGCGAUUCGAGUACUCGAUCGCCGAUUUGCACGAAGCCGCCGGACGAAUUCCCAACGAAAUUCAAAUCAGCGUUCUGGACAUUCCGCAAUUAUUAUGA